AUGCAGGAGCAUAUCAAACUUAUGAAGAGAAGUCAAGACGAAACUCUUCAGCGUAAGAACGAACUCGAAAGCCCAGAGCAUAAAGAUGACGACGACGACGGCGGUGGAGCUCAGCGAACUCUAGCCAUUCAAGAGAUCGAAGAGCAAUCACGCGUACUGGAAUUCGACCAAACGGCCUCUGGGGCUAUAUCCCAAAUACUUUCGAAAUUGUCCGCCUCGCAGGUCGCCAACACAUACAAUACUGAUUUUUCGGGUAGCCACAAUACGGACUUCGAGCUCGGUCACAGCGCCGUGGUCCCGUCGGAGUCGAGCAUGGGGCCUAUGGGAUAG